AAAAGAGGCCGCCCGGAGCUGAGAGGCCAGAGAGGGCAGCUCGCUCAGAGGAGGAGACAACCGAACCCGCACCAGCACGAAGGAGACGAGACUCCCGCCUGGAUCGCAGUCUGCACAGAUGGACGACAUGAAGAGUGCGAGGAAACAUGACACAGGGGAGGUCGGCAGUGAUUUAUCAGAGCAGAUUAAAGCAGCAACCAAAGACAACCACGUCAGAGCGGAGAACACGCAGCUGAUGCUGAGCUACCAGAAGGGUCAGAUCACUCUGCCACAGUACAAGGUGCUGCUGUGUUCCCUCUACGAGAUCUACAAGGCCCUCGAGGAGGAGCUGGACAGGAACUCCUCUCAUCCAGCUGUGGCCCCCAUUUACUUCCCUCAGGAACUCGCCCGUCUGGAGUCUCUGGAAAGAGAUCUGGAGCACUUCCUGGGCUCGGACUGGAGGAAGAGGGUGAUUGUCCCCGCAGCCACGCACACAUACAAACAGAGGCUGCGACAGAUAGGUGAGGAGAACCCGACGCUGCUGGUGGCCCACGCCUACACCCGGUACCUCGGGGACCUUUCGGGAGGUCAAGUGCUGGGGAAGAUUACCCAGAAGUCCCUCGGGCUGAGCGGCAAAGAGGGGCUGUCGUUUUUCUCCUUCCCCGGUGUGAGCAGCCCCCACCGCUUCAAGCAGCUGUACAGGGGCCGCAUGAACAGCAUCGAGCUGACGGAGGAGGAGAGGAGGGAGGUGCUGGAGGAGGCCGUGUCCGCAUUCGAGUUCAACAUCCAGGUUUUUGACGACUUGCAGAAAAUGCUCAGUGUCACAAUGGCGACGGCGGACCAAUCGAAGAGCAGCUUGCCAGCGGCCGGGCUCCUGUCUCCACAGAUCACACAGUUCACGAUGGGACUGUGUGUCGCGCUGGCCUCUGUCUUCAGCGCCACCAGCACGUUACUCAUCGUUCUGUACAACAAAUGAGACACGUGUGUCCAAGAUCUUUAUAAUCGAAUCACAACCGGAGUUUUUACAUGUAUUUUAUUAAAGAUUUACUAAGUGAAAA